AUGCCCUCCAAAGGAUGGUUCAACCUCGAAUCGGCAGGCGGUAUCAUCCCAGAGACCCAAUUUUUUGAGGGGGACUCCGCUUUCAAGUUUCUCGGUCUCACUCGUACACAGAGAUUAUACGGCUUUGUUGGCUGUCUCAUCAUAGGCUUUGCACUAAGUAUACUAGGCAGCAUCUUGCUUUUCUUGGGUCAGCUCGGUAGUUUUGCAGUUCUCUACACUAUCGGAAUCAUGGUGUCGCUCGUCGGCACCGGCUUCGUCAUUGGAUUUGCGUCUCAAUUCAAGCUUAUGUUCAAACCCGUACGAAUCAUCGCCACAGUUGUCUUCCUGGGCUCAGUAGGUCUCGUCUUCGUUGGUGCCUUUGUACUCAAGAACGAGGUACUGUGCAUCAUUUUCGUCAUCAUCGAAUACCUCGCCUACACCUGGUACAACCUAUCCUACAUCCCGUACGCCCGAUCAGCAGUGCUCAAACUCGUCGAAUUCGUUCCCUCGGCCAGAUAA